AUGGCGAGAACCUUAUGUGAUCAGUCUACUGCGGCUGUUCUUUUAAGGGUGGAUCAAUAUGGGAAAGGAGAUUUCAAGAAGAUACAGGACGCCAUUGAUGCUGUUCCAUCUAAUAAUAAUCGUGUUGUUUUCAUUUGGGUAAAACCAGGGAUUUACAAAGAGAAGAUUGUGGUUCCUGCUGAUAAACCUUUUAUUACAAUUAGUGGUACUCUGGCUUCUAAUACUAUAAUCACUUGGAAUGAAGGUGGUAACAUUCUUGAAUCCCCAACAGUUACUGUUCUAGCUUCUGAUUUCAUCGCAAGGUAUCUCACAAUUCAGAACACAUUCGGAAGCAAAGACAAGGCAGUGGCAUUGAGAGUGAAGGCGGAAAGGGCAGCCUUCUACGAUUGUCGAAUCCUCUCAUACCAAGACACUAUAUUAGACGAAGCCGGAAAACAUUACUACAAGAAUUGUUACAUCGAAGGAGCAACCGAUUUCAUAUGUGGCAACGCGGCUUCACUUUUUCAUGGGUGCCAUUUGCAUUCCCUUUCAUUUGUCGGAGGGGCGAUCACAGCUCAAAAGAGAAAAUCUAGAUCCGAGAAAACAGGAUUCAUCUUCUCGAAAUGUAGGAUUACUGGUCCCGGGAAUGCUGUUCUUGGACGCCCGUGGGGUCCUUACUCUAGGGUGGUUUUUUUGAGAACUUAUAUGUCUAAUGUUGUGCUUCCAAGAGGUUGGGAUGAUUGGGAACAACAAAACAACCAAAGAAGUGUGUAUUAUGGAGAACACAAUUGCUAUGGGCCAGGGGCUAACCGAGGAAGAAGGGUAAAAUGGUCAAGAGAUUUGUCGAGUUAUGAAGCUAGGUCAUUUGUCAAUAUUGCCUUGAUUAAGGGGCAAGAUUGGGUUAGAGCUUCUCCUACCAAGUUUGAUGAAUCCUCCACACUUCUCCUAGCUAAUGAUGAUGGGAAAUAAGUAAAUUGAAACACACUAUUUUUAUUUUUAGUUGUAAACCAGAUUGAUUCAUCAGUUUUAAUUUAUU